AUGGCUACAAAAGAAGUUAUUCAUAUACACAUUGGACAAUCUGGAGUUCAAGUCGCUAAUGCUUGUUGGGAACUUUAUUGUUUGGAACACGGAAUUAGGGCUGAUGGCAUGUUGGUUUUUUCAGAUGAUAGAAGUUGUGGAACAUUUUUUAGUCACACUGGAGCCGGGAAAAUGGUCCCUAGGGUCGUCAUGGUUGACUUAGAGCCUACACCUAUAGAUGAGAUCAGAACGGGAGCGUAUAGACAACUGUUUCAUCCAACAUCUUUGAUUACUGGAAAAGAAGAUGCAGCUAGUAAUUUUGCACGAGGAUAUUUCGGAGUGGGUAGAGAGAUGAUAGAUAUUGCUUUAAAUCGUGUGAGAAUAGCGGCGGAAGACUGCAGUUGCCUCCAAGGUUUUAUAAUCUUCCGAUCUUUCGGAGGGGGUACAGGGUCGGGAUUCACUGCACUAUUAUUGGAAGGUCUCACUAAAGAUUACGGUAAACUUUCUAAAAUUGAAUUCGCAAUAUAUCCAUCGCCAAAAAUAUCGCCAGUGAUAGUAGAGCCCUACAACGCAGUACUCACUGCCCACGCUUGUAUGAACACAGAGGACGUAUGUUUUAUUUUCGAUAACGAAGCUCUCUAUGAUAUACUAGCAAGGCUUCUGGAUGUACCGAGGCCCACGUAUACGAAUUUAAACAGACUUAUCGCACAGGUAGUCUCAUGUAUGACGGCAUCAUUAAGAUUCGAAGGCUCGUUGAACGUUGAACUAGUAGAAUUCAGAACAAAUUUAAUACCCUAUCCUAGAAUUCAUUUCCCUUUAGUCACUUUCGCUCCAUUUGUGCCGCCCACAAAAGCACUUCAUGAGACCAUGACGACCCAACAGCUAAUAAUGUCUUGUUUCGAACCGUCCAAUCAAAUGGUUAAAUGUGAUCCCAGGACGGGAAGCUAUAUGUCUUGUUGUUUACUGUUCAGAGGCGAUGUUAAUACUAACGAUAUUAAUUUUGCGAUUAAUCAAAUAAAAAGUAUGCGUUCUAUUAAAUUUGUUUCUUGGUCUCCUACUGGUUUUAAGAUCGGUGUUAAUAAUCAACCGCCCACAACAGUCCCUGGGGGCGAUUUAGCAGCUCUUCAAAGAGCAGUUGCAAUGGUAUCUAAUUCUUCAGCUGUUCGUGUCGCUUGGGAACGAUUGUGUAAAAAGUUUUAUCUUAUGUACUCCAAACGUGCUUUUGUACAUCAUUUUGUGGGUGCAGGUUUGGAAGAGGGAGAAUUUAAAAAUGCCUAUUUCAACAUAAAAGCAUUAUCAAAUGAUUAUAAAGAAAUGGAAACAUAA